AUGCAUCAUUUAGAAAACUAAAAUGCUUUGAAUAAUGUAGCUGUUCUAUUUUUAGACUUGGUUGAAAAGUAAUAACUUUAAAAGACGCGUGAAACUGAAUCUUGGAUUUUGGAUAAUGACAGCCCCUCUUUGUUAAAUUGUGAUUCAUAUUUAGCAAAAUAUUCAAGCUAUGAAUUGACAUCUUAAUAAAUAGAAGAAGACUCCAUUAUGAAUUUAUAGCUUAAAAAUGUACCAGUUAAUCAUAAAGACCAAUUUAUCUAAAAAUAGAACACUAUUAAAAAUAUUUUAAAAAGCUUUUAAAAAUAUUUGGUUGAAUUAAAAGAUGUAAAUCUUAUAUAAAAAUAUUAAUAAAUGUAUAAUAACAACAAGAAUAGCACAUCAUCUUAAAUUCAAUUUUCUGAAAUUAAAAAGUAUUUAUCCAAAAAAAUAAAUAAGAAAGCAACCAGAUGGAAUUUAAUACUCAAAAGCAUUGUUGAAUGUAAAAAAUUCUAACCUUUGUUUUAUGACUAUCUAGUUAAUCAAUCAGAUGUAUGGCUCAAAAAAUCUAGAGUAACUGAUUUAGUUGACCACCAGAUUUUAAUAAGCAAACUUAUAAAAUGCAUUGAGGAUGAUGUGCAAAUUAACUUAAAAGUUUAUAAAAAAAAGAAAUGA